AUGGUUCAGAUCAAGGAUCUCCCCGUCGAGAUACUUACCCAGAUAAUCAAAGGAGUAGGUACCCCGCCAGUCCUCCCCUCCCAGCAACACGGCGACUACCAAAUUUACGAUCCACAGCUCCCUCAAGUACCCAGCCGUCUAGCUGCUCUCUGCACAGUAUGUAAAUCCUUCCGCCUCAUCGCAACACCACUGCUUUACUCCGAUGUGGUGAUCCGUACGACGCCCAUUCGCGGUCAGACCCUGGACCCGGUCAUGCUGAGCUGCUUCCUGUACGAGCACAACUCGGGCAUCGAGCAUAUCCGCCGAAUCACUGUGCGUGGGCACUGGAGCGGUGAAUACUUACAGGGGGUGGCGCCGGAACCAACAUAUCGUCCCGGUAUCAAGAAUGAUAUCUUCUCUCCUGCCGUGGUGAAUACUUGUUUGUUGUUGGGGAUUUUGCUGGAGAGGAUACCGAAGGGAGCGCUGGAGCAUUUUAUGUACGUGUUUCCUUUUGCUUUGACCGGUAGUGGUGGGAAAACUCCCGGGGAUGGACGGUGGAAUCACUGAAGCGGUGGCUGCCGGGUUGCUUGUGCUCUGGGUUGACCGUUUUAGAUGGGACGUCGACGUUUCCUUCUCUUGGAGAGUUAUGGAGAAACUCAUGAAGUACCAGCCGAACAUCCAAUCGCUAGACCUGUUCGACGGAAACUGCACUUUUGACCGUCAAUGGUCCGAGUUCACCUUCCACUUUACCAAGCUGAAGAACCUCUGCUGGCAGAACUUCGCGCGAUAUGACAGCAUGAUGUCGUUCAAGCGCUUGAUAGACCUAAACUGGCAGACCAUCACUACACUCACCUUCUCGUUGAACAACUUUGAAGAGCUAGUAGAGGAUAUGAUCCGCCACGAUGGCGCCUCAAUAUUCAACGACGGAGGCAGCACCGAAGAGUCGCCAACAUUCCUACCAAUCGCCAAAAGAAUCUUCAAAAAGCUCUUGGAGAAACCAGAAGGUGGAGGGGCCAGCGCUGGGAGUCUAGUGCCGGAACGAAAGCGCCAGAUGAAAUUGAAAGACUUGGCACUCUGGGACAUCCCAUUGGCAGGUGUUGCAAACUUACUCACGCAGAUAAUCGACGUCCCGACCUUGACGUACCUAGCUAUGCGCGGCUGCUCGUCCACGGACCAGCUGCUGAACGCGCUGGCGGCGAAGGGGGGCUCGUUGAGAAUCAAGACAUUUGAUAUACAAUACAGGACUCAACCAGAGGGACUAGUGCAGUUCAUCCAGUCCUUCAAGGGAUUGAAGAACCUGUAUCUGCUACUGGAAUGCAUUGAGAACACAGAGGAGCUGCGCAAUGUUUUUGACAGCAUUUUCCAUCAUGCGGACUCCUUGCGAAGAUUGGUGAUAGACGCGAAGGAGCACUACCUCUCUGCCGAAAACAUCGCUCGGAUCCGCUCGGAUUUAAACCUCUGGGAGUUGGGCCUUUGCGGAGAAGCUGGCGAUCCGGAUUGGGUAUUACCCCACCUCCGUCUUCCUUGGCUGAACUAACAGCGAACAGACAACAACCCCCCUAUACUCGCUCUCUGGCCCGGUCCCCGAAACCCUGGAGACUAUCCACCUCCGCACUUUGCGGCGUGGCCUCUACGACACUUCCUGCGACUCUCUCGCGCACGAGACAACAACCUUCCUUAACUCUAAGACCUACCGCGACCGCAAAGCCGACGCAGAGGCCUUGAUUGGCCUGCACUCGCCCAAUAUGGUGGCACGGAAUAAGUCGCUGCGCUGCGUCAGCAUCGGUGAAUUCAACCGCUGGAACGACUUUCACAAUAACGGCGCGAGCAAGAUGUGGACGUGCUUCCUUGUGAAUUACGUUGAUGUGGAGUUUGUGCGCGAUGUGCCUGUACUGAACCCGGUCAGGAUGAAUACGUUGUAUUAUUUGGGGCUAACGAGCGAGGUUCUGUAUGUUUAAGGGGGAAGGGGAGGGAGUGGGGUUGUGGUUGAUAUCCCCGGUGAGCCCGUUGUAGAACGGUCAUGGAGUAUCACUCGCUGCUCUUUAAAUUUACCAGUUAUUAUGUUAUACCUAAGCUUUCCGGGAGGUGUGGGGCCCUGCAUCAUACGUAGGUGGUUGCAUGAGCCGCAAGGGAAGCAGACAGGCGUUCUUGAGUGACUUCGGACCGCCCAGAUAAGGAGGGCUAGCCAAACCUUAAAUUCUUUUUAUCACCCUAGCGACCCCCCUCCGAGAGUGCCGAUCGUGCUCAGUUGAAUCACACUUCCUCCCCUGAGGUAGUGCUCACAGACCACUAUCGCAACUCACAAAUAAAAGUCGGCAAGCCGCUCAUCGCCGGGAACAUUCGCGGGGGUAAACCUGAAGGGCCAAAUUACGGAGUAUUAACGUUUUCUCUUCAGGGUAUCAGUCCUUACCUUUCAGCCUCCUUCCUCUACUAGCACUCGCGACGUAUCUCACUACAAGGAACUGCAACUCCGGGUCCUCGUGCGGCACUGGUAGUGCUUGCUGCAGUACUGCGGUAGUGAGAGUCUGCCGUGCGUCUCUCUUUACCACCUCUUUCCCCUCCCCUUCAGUUGCUCUCUUUCUCCAUUGCAUCCACGGGCUGGCGUGAGUGGGUUUACUUGUCCUUCUUCAAAUUCUUCUGGAGGGGAGAUGGUUACCGGUGUUUGCAUUUGUCUCUUGUUUCUUCUCCAUCUCCUUUAUUUAUUUGUCUGUUUAUUUCCUGCUAUUGUGAUGGUUCAUGUGGCAUGGUUUCGCACAGUACCAUGUCUUUGCUGGGCUGGCUUUGGCGCUGCUUAGGGGUGGUAUAAUACGUAUGGUGGGUAAUUACUGACAUUUCCCGUUUUUUCGUAUUAUUCAUCACUGGCAACUUCAUGGAAGUGGGAUGCUAGUGGAAAACUGCUUCUUCUAUCUAUAUUUUGUGGGUUCCUGCAGGGGGCUAGCUGGUUAACUGGAGUCCAUGCAGAGCGCAUACCAGCGUCUUCUAGCUCCUCCCAUCCGUAUUCGUCUGUCAAACAAUUUUAAUUGUAAUUAACCGCUUCGUCACUGAGAAGCGUAAUAUUCUGGAAUAUCAAGUGGCUGUUUAGGCUUCUACUGACUAUACUUUCCUAACCGAGAAGCGCCAUAUAGGAUGCGGAAUCACUAGCUACUCUGGCAAUAGUAUCCACGAGCGGAGGGGUGAUUUUGUACAUUUAACUUCGAAUAUUUGUAUCGCUCACUUUGUUACAGUC